UGCCAUGGCUGGUAUUUGGACCGAUGACCCUCUGUUUCAUAGUCCGAAGACUAGUCCACUGAAUGAAAUUGAAUGAAAAUCAAAUUUUUGAAAUCAAUAACGAAUCUGUAUUUGUUUUUAUGCUUCAAUAUUCAGGAGGAGGACCCCCAAAGUCUAUAGAUUUUAUAUCUGAAAAGGUAUUGGAAGCCGUAGCAACCGAAGUGAGGGAGGGGCUGGCGAGCUCCCAGAACGAAGCUGGGUUGGGUGAAUGCACAAGCUCCCAGGAUUUGGAGGUUGCUGCCCUCGCCGAAGACACGAACCAGAGCAUGGUCAAUGAUGAAGAAGACUUGGACUUGGGAGAUGAUAUUGGGGAUAUUCAGGUUCUUGAGAACUUGGACACAGUGACACAACUUGUUACUUGUCCCCCCGAUGUUAUCCAUGCUGACCUGUUGAGAAUCAGUGGUCAGUUAGAUACGAUAAUAGAUCUUCUUGUCAAUAGACAGCGGGGAGGCAAUGAACAAUAAUGGUCCACUGUGUUCAGGUUCUCUCUUUACUAUUUUAAGUAUUUAAAGCUUCUUUUUUAGGGU